CACGAGACUCAAUAGUAAUACCAACCAUGAUCGUCACACUAGAGUCGCAGAUGCUGACUCUGGUGGCAGAGCGCCUUGGUGUGCAACCCGCAUCUCUCGAUCUCAACCAAAGCUUUACCAAGGCUGGCGGGAAUUCACUCUCUGCACUCGUAUUAUCUCAUGCAUGCAAAGAUGCUGGGAUCAAGAUCUCAGUCAGAGACAUUCUCCAGGCACCAUCGCUGGAGCAUCUCAUACAACUAGCCGCAUCCCGUACAAGCAAUGGCACUCCUGGACCUGCCAAUAAUGUCCAUCUUCAAACACCAGAAGGUAUCCUCUGCGAGCACUAUCCUGCCACAGAGAUGCAAAUGUCACUCAUACGUGGCUCAUAUGAGAAAUCUCAUUGGAAUAUCAUCUACCACCGGCAGGACUGCAGCGCGGCCGACCUCCCCAGGCUGAAGAAGGCCUGGCAGACUGUCAUCGGACGCGAGGAGAUGUUCCACGCCGAUUUGCAACUCCGCAGAGAAUCCUCUUUCUGGGUUCGAACAUGUCGACCAUUUUCCUGGGCCGAUGUAUUGGUCCAAAGCCAUUUUGACAUUGAGAAGGAAAUUCUGAAACCACCUGUUUUCACCGGUAUUGGCUAUGCAUUCAAAGCAAUCAGCACCAAGCAACCGAGUGACGGCUUUAAUGAUGCUUGUGUGUUGUUCCAGGUUCACCAUGCUCUGUUAGAUGGGUACUCAAUGGAACAGCUUCUGCACAAGGUGGCCCAGGCUAUGACGGGCCUGACGCCCGCACCCAGUUCAUCAAUAUUGGAUUUCCUUGCUCGAAGAGAAGCUUAUGUUCUAGAGCACCAGAGCGAAGCGGUGCAAUAUUGGAAGAGUCAAAAGGAUAUCAUAUUGAAAUCCGCGACCCAAUUGGCUCUUGCGCUGCCAGAGCAGCUAGACAAGAUUUCCGGACCAGAAAGCUUUUUCGUAAACGAAAUCUACACCCUCAGUCUAGGACAUACAAAAGAACAGAUAGCUGCAUUUGUUCAGAAGCAUAACAUCACCGAAGCCGCUCUCUACCAAGGGGCAUGGGGUUUGGCCAUGUCGCUACUCACAGAUUCAGAUUUUGUGGCGUUUGGAGUUGCUAUGUCUGGGAGAGCGAUUCCGAUUCCUGGCGCCCUGGACGUAAUCGGAAGCCUUGCAACAAUGAUUCCUCUAUUCAUGGAGGUCAACCAAGAUCUAACAAGCAUCGAGUAUCUACGAUACAUUCUUCUGAGAAUAGCAGAACUGGCAUCGGUGGAAUGGGCUCUACCGGAAGGUUGCUAUGACCGACAUGUCUCUUCGAUCCUUGCUCUACAAUUUAAUCAGGAUAUACCGGGAAUUCCCAAGCGCGAUGCUACCGUCUGGAAAUCCAGAAUGAAUACCGAAAUUCCCAUCAGCAUCACAAUCGAGAACGAAGGCAUGGUGAACUUCCAGUAUUUGCCAAAGUACUAUUCUCGCGACACGAUCGAGCUUAUAAGUGUCAUCUUUCAGAGAAUGCUUGCAUCUCUACUCAAGCCAACUCACACUGUUGCAAUGUGUCUCCUGGAGGCAGUCAGCCUAGAGGAACAAUCAUUUCUGCGAAGGGUUGGGAAUUGCGGCUCGUCUCUAUCCACCUAUGCAUCAGUUCAAGAUAGCCUGGUUUCGCUUUUCCGUCGAACAGCAGCACGAUAUCCGCAAGCUACAGCAGCUCAGAGAGCAGACAAGUCCAUCACAUACAGAGAACUUGACCUCGCCAGUGAUCGUGUAAGCUUGGAGCUCUCGGGGGUGGUCCAGCCUGGAGACGUCGUGUGUCUCUACGCGGACCAGUCUGUGGCGUGGCUUAAGGGGAUCUACGGAGUUCUCAAAUGUGGAGCCACGUACUGCCCAAUGAAUCCAAACCUGUCGGCUUCAUUACUAGAGUCCAAUUUCCAGACCUCGGGUGCCCAGGUCUUUCUUGUACCGUCGCAAAAGCAAAAAGGGUUGACUCUAGCAGGAUGCUCAUAUUACUUUGCGGUCGAUGAACUCUUGUCUCGAAGUAAAGAGCAAGGCUCGGCCGGUACAUUGGAAAGACACAUCGACCCGGGCAGUGGCGCUUAUCUUUGUUUUACUUCUGGGUCAACUGGCAUACCGAAGGGCGUUCUGUGCACCCACCGAGGGCUGGUGGCCUUCCAACGGGAUCUCGAGGUGCGUUUGUUUGCCCGGCCAGGCUGGAAAAUUGCGCAGACCAUGUCUGUUUCAUUCGAUGGCAGUAUCCAUGAAAUCUUCUCCGCCCUGUCCUACGGUGCUACUCUUUUGUUGCCUGGGGAUUGUGACCCGUUCGGGCACCUGGCAGAAGCUGAUGCAGCCAUUUUUACCCCGUCUGUCGCAAAGGUUCUCAGACCUGGCGAUUGCAAUAGUCUGAAGACGGUAUAUCUUGUAGGUGAAAGGGUCACACAAGAAGUAUGUGAUCGUUGGGCCAGCGAAAAAGCCCUCUACAACAUGUACGGUCCUACGGAGGCUACAUGUGGAGCAACCAUCAAACGCCUCCAACCGCAUACAAAGGUAACAAUCGGCAGCCCCAACUCCUCGACGCGAGUCUAUAUCCUCGAUAGACACCGCCGACUCACGGUGCCUGGAUGGAUCGGCGAAGUGUGUCUAGCUGGAGUGCAGGUUUCCAAGGGCUACAUUGGCCUACCAGAAGCCACUCAGGAGAAGUUCAUUACAGAUCCUGUUUGUACAGGGCUCGGCGAGUAUGUCUAUUGUACAGGUGAUCUUGGCUACUGGACGAAGUCCGGAGAAGUUGUUUUACUUGGUAGAACAGAUCGACAAAUCAAGCUCAGGGGGUUCCGGGUUGAUAUGGAUGAUGUGGAAGUCCGAAUUGCUGGCCUCCCACAAGUCUCAGCCGCCGCCGUGGCGCAGAAGGACGAUUACCUGAUUGUGAUGGUGCAACCAAAGACUGUCUCGAUACCAAAACUAAGGAGCUUGAUGGCUGAAAUUCUUCCUACUCAUGCAAUUCCCCGCUUUGCCGUAGCGGUAGAAUCAUUCCCUCUUACAAAGGCGGGGAAGCUCGACUAUACAAAGAUUCACGACGUGGACCGCUGCUCGGCCGAUACUGCGUGCAACAGUAUGAAUGAUAUGGAGUUGAAGGUUGCUGAAGUAUGGCGAGAAAUACUGGAGCUUAAGCAUUCGGCCAAACUGGACCCAGAAUCACAAUUUUCCUCUCUGGGUGGUCAUUCACUUCGCCAACUACGAUUAGCCACCGGAUUAUCGCAGACAUUCUCUUGCAGAUUCCCUCUGAGUCUGGUGAUCAAAAAUCAGAAGCUAUGCGAACAAGCGAGGCUGAUCCCAACGCUCGACAAAGUUCCCUCUGAACCGGAGCACAUUGCUGAGACCUCGUCUAACCCUCCUGAAUCACUAUCUCCAGUCGAAGUAUGGUGGACAGAUCACUACAAUAGGGCAGCAUGUACCACCAGCUUCAAUGUGUCCUUUGCUUGUGAACUUCCUCCAGAGAUCGACAGUUGUCGUCUCGUGAGUAGUUGGAACACAGUCCUGAUUAGGCACAGUAUUCUCCGCUCAAGGUACACGCAAUAUUCAGCAAGCCGAAAUAUCAUGCGAUCAUGGAAUAGCACACAUCCGCAAGCGCAGUAUAUGGGAUGCAUAGAUGUGGCGUCCGAGAUUAAUCGGCCGUUUGACAUCGAGCGUGAUCACCUCAUUCGAGUGCUGAUUUCCCCGUCACACAUGCUGGUGGUGGCCAGUCAUAUCAUAUGCGAUCUGAUUGCUAUGCGGAUUCUCCUUGAGGAAGUUGGCGGCACGUACAACGGCCAUCCUCCCCUGCACUGUAGUCUCCCUUACCCAGGAGGUAAGCUGGCAGAGACACUAAUCUCUCCCGACGAUGAGGCUUUCUGGGUCAAUUCUCUGAGAGGAUCUCCAGAAAGCCUCGGGCGAAGAUGCUUCACAACCACCAAGAACAGUCGUAAUCGCAACACAGGAUCCUCAAUCAUUAUGAAGCUACCAAUGGACACAGUACAUGCGACCAAUACUGUCCUCCGAGAUAGCAGCAGCAGCAUCACAAAGCAUCAGUUCGCCAUCGCUGCAGUUGCGAUAGCAUUGCAGCAUGCUGAGCCGUCGAUUGAUAUCACUGUUGGAGGUCCAUACAUGAAUCGCCAAUGCGAGUUUGACAUGUGCACCGUUGGACUCUACCUGCAGCCAAUUCCAAUUCGAGUCAAGUUCCCAACUGAAGCGAAAAAGCUCGAAGCUGCUCAUACAUACGCUUCGGUAGUCCAAUCCGCAAGCCAAGCAGCGAUUUCGCACAUUAUGCCUUGGAAUGAGUUGCAACGUGUUUGGACCACAAAAGUCGCAUCAGCAGAUCAGCCCAUGUUCGAAGUAAUGGUGACGUUUCACGAGAAGUCUACUGGGUUGGCACUACCUCUAGAAGGGAGCGAAUCGCUCUUCACCUGGGCUGAAGGUUCCAAGUUUCCACUCAUGUGUGAGUUCUUGGAGACCGAUAAAGAUUCCAUCGUUCUGCGUCUCGAAUACGACGACCACAUACUGUCGAGGAAGGCUGUUUUCAGCAUCGGAAGCAAGAUAAGCAGGGCCUUGCCCUUAUUAUAUGGCAACUUCAGCCUUGCAGAUAUCAGAGGCGAGUUGGCACUGCUAUCCGCGGCCUCGACGAGUGAGGGUCUGCAUGCAAGCAUGGACGGGUCCAAGGAGUAUUUCAUGAAAAGAAUUUCUGAACUCUAAACGAAAUUGUCUAUUGUUGCGCCAUAGCUACAAUGUAGAGGUUGUUACCUCUUGCAACUAGACAACUAGAGUAGAGCUGAGCUAAACCAAAAUACAUGGGCAAUUCACGCAACUCCGAGGCACGAUGGCGAAAACGAAGUCAAUCCUGUCUAAUCCCGUCGGGCCUGUACAGGAAGUACUUGUCCGUUCCAAAGUUCCGUAGAUUGUGUAAGGAGUACGUACAGUGGGCCUACCUUCAGCUCAUAUGGAUUGUAGGCCAAUUUGAAUGUAGUUCAUGAUACUGCUUAAUGCUUCGACUUCUAUUCCUCCUAGAAUGCCCAUUUGGCUCUUUCAGAGUUAUAUUCUCCCAAAGUCUUCCGCUUCAAGA